AUGAGUACAUACCUACAAAUCAAGGGUGGGUUAGUGGUUGUGCGUUCAGUAGUGUUACGUGUUUCACUUCCGGGAACCGCAACGUACAAACUAGCAAAAGACUUAUGGAGAAGAUUAAAACACUUAAUCUCCGGAUCGGAACACACGAUCAAAAAUGCAGGUCAGUUCCUACGCAAACUACGGAGCUUCAGUAUAGAAGACUAUGAAGUCAUGCUUUCGCCUGAUGUCACAUCACACUUCACUUCAAUCAACCACAACCUAGCACGGGUAACCAUAGCCGAAUUGCUUCGGAAUAAUUCAAACACGACGGAAGCCAUGAAACGUGAAAUAUAUGCAAACUGUUGGACUUCUGCAAGGAUACAUACUUUAGCUUCGAUGGACAAACAUAUCAACAGCUGA